UUUUUUCCACUCGGCACCAUUCUUUCCUCCCUUCACCACCACCUGUUCCCUCGGAUCCUUCGUUCUUCACUUCUGCUGCCGUCAUUCAGUGUCUUUUUCGACCAGGCGCCUCCAGGCCAACCACUCUCAUUGCUCCAUUUCUUCGCCGGCUGGCCCUGCACACGGAUCUUGUUCUCUUCGUACCAUUUACGCGCCAGACGAUCUCCAGUCAUAGCUGACUGCUCACCUGCCAACUACUCACCGGUCUACUGCGCCUUGUCCAUGCGCCGGUAGCUAGGCUGGACUCAUCCUGGUCAAGCUGGUGGGUGUCAGUACGAGCUACUGCUGUGCGAGCUGUGUCUGCCCAGAAAUAGAUCAGGCGUCGCUCCCUUCUGUCUACUGUCUUCUUACCCUUCUUCCCUUACGGAACGAUCCUCUCCUCCCUGCGCCAGUUUCCGUCAGGUCUCUCAUCCACCGACCUCCCCGUAUUCGCGACGUCAAAAGGCUUCAAGGACCGACUCUCUCGUUGUCGUCGUCAAGAUGCCUGCUGUGACGAGACCGGUGCUUCCUCCCCUCCAGACCCCCAAGACGGCCUCAUUCCCCUCCGAGAUUGUGAACACUCCGGUGUCAUGUGUACCAGCAAUGAUCAAACAGGAGAGUGCUGGAACGCCCAUCACCCCUCCAGUCGCCUACACCGACUUUCUCAAGGCUUUGACACCGGUGCUGGCGAGUCCUCCAUCGACGGGAGCUCUGCAAAGAUCGUUGUCUGAUGAAUCGACAAGUACCAGAAACUCCAUGAUCUCUAAUACCUCUACCUCAUCCAGUUUGUCCUCAGCGAAAAGCGAAAGCCACAAGUCGCCAGCAGGUUCUGUACCACCAACGCCAGAUGCUCGCCGCAACCUUAGGCGGCUUCGCAUACCUCACUCCCCGGCCUUUUCACCCAAUACAUGUGGCCCCUCUCCGCGUACCGCAUUCAGUGGUAUGAGCGCUGGCAGCAUGAUCUACUCCCCCUUUUCUCCUGCAGAUUACCGCUAUUUCGAUGCUCCUAGGAGUGCAUGUUCUAAACCAGUCAGCGUACGUUCUGUCAUGACGAGGACGGUUGUCUACAAACGAUCACCUCCUCUGGACCCAGCACCCAAGGGAAAGAAGCGCAAACUCGACACCUCUGAUAUGCCUCCCCCGUCAGCCACGAAGGAACCCAUGGGAAUUUCGGUGGAUAAAUUCCCCUCCACAUUGAUCGACUCAACCUCAACAAUUGCGGCCUCGCCUGAAGCACUGAGUGUUAGCACCCCGACUACUGUUUCUACACCGACAGCUGUCGCCUCAACUUAAUUGUCGCAUGUCUCUGGUGGAUAGUGUCAACGUAUCGACACAAAUCAUCUCAGCAGGCAAAAAAUCUAUCUUGCUCACGACUUGACUCGUUCCGAGUCUCUAACGAUAUGUCCAUUUGAUUUCUUUUGUACAUGAUACCACAUGAGGUUCCGCGAGGGCGCUCGGCGUACGGGUACGACGAGUCACGACAUAUAGCCGGAAUGAAUAGGUCACCAUGAACUUGGUUGGAAAUUCGUCAACCGACUGACUGUGCCAGAGGUUGGCAAACGGCGCAGAUCUUAUUGUUCAUUUUCUUUACGUUUUUGCAAUCUUGAGCAUGGAUCCGUGGUUGGAUAUCUGAAAAGCACUGCUCUUCUCUGGUUUCGAAAUGGGGUUGAUAAUCCGCAGCCGGAUUCUACAGAAAUGAAGAUGUAUGAUUUGGAAAAAUCCCGAGGUGGGCAAUCAAUCACUUAAUUUACCAUCCUCGAGAGUGUAAGGAGGAGCGUGAGCUUCGGCCCAGGAAUGCAAAUG